AUGUACUAUAUUCUCUACCUUGCCAGUCUUUGCCGACGUCGGCGCUGGCCAGAACCUCAGUACGAGUCGUACACCAGCACAUCCGGAUACACCUGCACCGUCCGCGUCAACAAUCGCGAGUACCAGACGGAUAUCGUUUGCGAGAACGAGACCCUGGCCCGGGAGAGCGCAGCCAUGCGGGCCUAUCUCAUCUGUCGCAAUUUCUCCGUCAACGACGGCAUGUAUCCGGCGGGCCAUGACCACGGCGGCGUGGUCCAGGGCAUUCCGGUCGCGAUCGGCACCGGCCGGAAGACUCGCUAUGGGGACGAUACCGACAUUUCGACGAGCGGCGAGAGCAGAAGCGGAGGGAGCAGCCCUGAAAGCUACGAGGGUGGACGCAUCGAUCGUGAUCGACCCGUUGGUCCGUCGAGGGCUUUGGCGUUUGAGAGCCGUGGCCCGUAG